AACGAGAUGUAUACACCACCGUUGCCAUUGCAAAUCCGGCCUCGUUUAUUGGUCAGGAAUAUCUACCGACAUAAAUAUUGAAAAACCGUCUUACCUACUACAUCCUACUGAUUCGAUUUUUAACUGAUCUCGCCGCGAUCGACCGAAGGUCGCAAUUAAUACCCGAGAUAUAUAGUGUUGAAUCAAAUCUUGUUUUAGUAUUAUUCGAUUACAAUCGCGCAUGGAGUCAAGAGUCUGAAACGUGAUGUAACGUUACGUGUAACGUGUCGUGGUGGUCGUCGUCGUAGUCGUCGUGAUGGUCGUCGCCGCCGCCGCUGCUGCGUCGGAUUGACCGGCGUUCCCGUCCUCGCACAGUGCAUGAACGCUGUUUAUAUCUGUUCGUCUUCACGGUCUGACAGCUGUUCAAAUUCCGAUAUGAUGUGCAACGCGGAUCGCUUGGAACGAACGCGAGAGACGUAGUACAUUUCGAACGUGUAAGGGUUCCGCCGAUGUGAUCGACGAUGGAGCUUUUACGCGGCACGAGUGCCACAGUUUAUUAAUCCCGGUCAGAUCAAUCCUCGAAUGUUUUUCCCUGUUGUUAAGUGCGAACGAACGGGACGAUCCGUAUAAUGGCAGCUCACAAGACAGGAGGCGGGCAAAGUGCCCGAAAGAAAGUUCAGGUGUCUAUGGUGAUAAGGGAUGAGGUGGAGAAAAGGCACAGAGCCGGGGUGAAUUCGUUGCAGUACGACCCAGUUCUGCACAGGCUUUACUCGGCUGGUAGAGACAGCAUUAUAAGGAUAUGGAACUGCAAAAAUAUGAAGGAUCCUUACAUCCAGUCGAUGGAACAUCACACGGACUGGGUCAACGAUAUAGUGCUCUGUUGCGGUGGCAAGAAUCUGAUAUCGGCCAGUUCUGAUACGACGGUGAAAGUGUGGAAUGCACACAAAGGAUUUUGCAUGUCGACGCUGAGAACCCAUAAGGACUACGUAAAGGCACUGGCGUAUGCCAAAGACAAGGAGCAAGUAGCCAGCGCUGGUUUGGACAAAUUGAUCUUUCUCUGGGACGUGAACACGUUGACAGCUCUCACAGCGAGCAACAAUACGGUGACAACGUCGUCCCUCAGUGGAAACAAAGAUUCUAUAUACAGUCUGGCUAUGAAUCAGAUCGGGACGAUCAUAGUGAGCGGUAGCACGGAAAAAGUUUUGAGAGUAUGGGAUCCUAGGAACUGUACCAAGUUGAUGAAACUUCGCGGUCACAUGGACAACAUUAAAGCUUUAGUGUUGAACAGAGACGGCACCCAAUGUUUGUCCGCCAGCUCCGAUGGAACGAUCAAACUUUGGUCACUGGGACAACAAAGAUGCAUCCAGACCUACCGUGUACACAAAGAGGGUGUCUGGGCUUUACUGGCAACGGAUACGUUCAGUCACGUGAUAUCUGGUGGCAGAGACAAGAGAGUCGUAAUGACCGAAUUAUCGUGUUACCCGGAAAGGUAUACAGUUAUUUGCGAGGAGAAGGCUCCUGUGCUAAAAAUGGUCAUGACGGCCGAUCAAUCCAGCGUCUGGGUCGCGACCAGUGACUCCACUAUUAACAAUUGGUCGAUAAACCAGAAAGAUUGGCAAGAUUCAGGAAUCGAAGACUACUGUGACUCUGCUGCCAGCGGGAUGACGACUCCGGCACCGAGGAACACGGAACCGGCCCAAAGGAUUUUAGGUGGCCCAGCGAUACGUCAUUGCCACGUUUUGAAUGAUCGCAGGCACGUUUUGACGAAGGACACGGAAGAGAACGUAGCGUUGUACGAUGUAUUGAAAGCGAGGAAAGUCGAGGAUCUGGGAAAGAUCGAUUUCGAGCAGGAGAUCAAGAAACGGAAUAAAAUGGUCUACGUUCCAAACUGGUUCAGCGUCGACCUGAAGACUGGGAUGUUAACCAUUCACUUGGGUCAGGAUGAAAACGAUUGCUUCUCCGCGUGGGUGUCCGCGAGAGAGACUGGUCUCGCGGAAAACGAUGCGGUAGAUCAGAAAGUGAAUUAUGGGAACCUCUUGUUGCAAGCUCUACUCGAACAUUGGUGGAGACCGUUACACGUCGACGAUGAGAACGAAGGCAAUAGUAACGACGGUACCGGAUCCGUUCACACGAGAGGAGGCAAUCUUUAUUUCUCAGUUCCCACCCAUACGCCCGUUAUAUUCAGCGAGGUAGGAGGCAGACCUUUGUACAGAUUAUUAGUCAGGGAUGCUGCCGGAGAAAUGGAAGGAGUUCUGUUGAACGAGACUGUCCCAGCGUGGGUAGUGAACAUCGUCGUGGACAAGAAUCUUCCCCAGUUCAUUAAGAUAUCUUUCUAUCUUCUUCCACACGCCACGUCCGGUGUAAAGAGCUUAAAAAAGGAUCGAUUGAUCGCGAACGAUUUUAUACAAAUACGUAAAGUAGCGGAGCACGUUUGCGACAAAGUGUUGGGCGCCGGAAGCGAUUCGGGCUCGGUGGCAGGUGCCGGGAACACGGUCUCCAGUGGUGGAUCUCCAGCGGGAGACAGGACCAACACGGAUUCGAACGCUGACAAUUCUUCGCUGGCCGAAGAAAAAGUCGAACUGUUGUGCAACGAUCAAGUGUUGGAUCCUUCCAUGGACUUGAGAACGGUGAGACAUUUCAUCUGGAAAAGCUCGGCAGACUUGAUACUUCACUAUCGCCCAGUAAAAUAGUUAGAACUAAGUAGUAGUGCAUCGGAACAGAGAUCCUCGACGUGUGCCUGGUUUUGUACCGUCGUCAAAAUAACGGAAGGUUACGCUUGGUGGUGGUGGUGGUGGUCCAGUCGCAGCUUAUGGCGUGGCAUCCGGAUGAUACCUAACACGACCUCGCGAGACGUUCAGGCGAUUCUCGAUGGACGUAUCCGCCGCCGCCGCCACCGCCGCCGUCGCCGUCGAGGACGUCGAGUAAAACCCAGGUCACGUAUAUAGAAUAUUUCCAAUCCGCACCGGUUUAAAGGCAAUAACGUGUGCGUGCUGCGUAUAGUAUGCGUGGGUGAGUAGGGGAGUAUAAACGCUAUAAAUUGCUCAUGUUUCUACGUUUACGCGUAUCUCCUGAGGCCAAACAGCCGUGUGGGACAUAGUAUUAUUUCAUUUCUCCGUUUUUAAACAUGCUUUUGUAUUUGUGUGUAAAAUCGUCAGCCAUUCGUCGUCUUCCCACUUGAAAGAUACUAUCGAAAACAAGCACGAGAAGCAAAGAAAGAAAUAUGUGCUACUUACUGGCCCAGGAAAUCAUUCAAGUUCUUGAAUUGUUCGAUUCUUUCUCCACUCGGUUGUUCGUUUCAAACAUGCAUCCAUAGUACUCCUCCCGUGUUACUUUAUCAUUAUUAGUAUU